AUGGAGUCUGGCAUGGAAGAGAUCCCAGUUAAAGUUGCAAUUCGAAUCAGACCUCUGCUUUCCAAAGAAGUACUUCAUAACCACCAAGUGUGUGUGAGAUUAGUCCCAAAUACACAACAAAUUAUCAUUGGGAAAGACCGUGUCUUCACUUUUGAUUUUGUAUUUGGCAAAAACUCAACCCAAGAAGAAGUUUAUACUGUUUGCAUUAAGCCUCUUGUACUGUCUUUGACUGAGGGAUACAAUGCUACGGUGUUUGCAUAUGGACAGACAGGUUCUGGGAAGACUUACACCAUUGGAGGUGGCCACAUUGCAUCAGUUGCAGAGGAUCAAAAGGGCAUAAUCCCACGGGCUAUUCAGGAAUUAUUUCAGCAUAUUUCUGAAAACCAUAACAUUGAUUUCCAUGUGAAAGUAUCUUAUAUAGAGGUUUACAAGGAAGAACUUCGAGAUUUGUUGGAGUUGGAGACUUCUGUGAAGGAACUACAUAUCCGAGAAGAUGAAAAGGGAAAUACGGUGAUUGUCGGUGCUAAGGAGUUCCAAGUAGAAUGUGCAGAUGAAGUGAUAAGCCUGUUGGAAAGUGGCAAUGCAGCUCGUCACACAGGCAUGACACAAAUGAAUGAGCACUCUAGUCGAUCUCAUGCCAUUUUUACCAUCAGUAUUUGUCAGAAACAGUCUGCAGAGUCUCAAAAAAAUACUGAUGCUGCACAGGAUUCAUCUUGGAAAUCAGUUCAGAUGAUUGCUUCAAAAUUUCAUUUUGUGGAUUUGGCAGGAUCAGAGAGGGUGACAAAGACUGGAAAUACUGGUGAACGCUUCAAAGAAUCAAUUCAGAUAAAUAGUGGUCUGUUGGCCUUGGGAAAUGUCAUCAGUGCCCUUGGAGACCCAAAAAGGAAAAGUGUACAUAUUCCAUACAGGGAUGCUAAAAUCACUCGUAUUCUGAAAGACUCCCUUGGAGGAAAUGCCAAGACUGUCAUGAUAACAUGUAUAAGUCCAUCCUCAUCAGACUUUGAUGAAUCUUUAAAUUCCCUCAAAUAUGCCAACAGAGCCAAAAACAUUAGAAAUAAACCAAUUGUAAAUUACAACCCCGAUCAAGACCGGAUUGAUGAAAUGGAACUUGAAAUCAGAUUGCUUCGAGAAGCUUUGCAGAACCAGCAAGUCAGUAAUCAGUGUUCACAUGACUUAAAUCAAGAAAGAACUCGUAUCAGUUCACUUGAGGAGCAACUCACUCGGCUUCAAGUUCAAUGUUUCACUUAUAGAAAUUGUGUAGAUGAAGCCUUCCCAGUUCUGGUUGAUUUGAGUGAUGAUGUUAGCUUAAAAAGAAGUCAGCGGGACAGGUUGCAGAGCUGGAUCGCUAUGGUACAGGAAGUAAGGAAGGAAACUCUCGCCAUGCAGGAAAAUGACACAGGGACUGGGACCAGCCAAGAACCACAUCACAUCACAAUACUUCAGCUAAAGAGGGAACUAAACAAAUGCCAGCCCAUUGGGCUUGGAGUCAGGGGAGUAAAUGAGACGAAGAAAGAGUGGAAGCAGAGGUCAACUCAGUUAGCAAGAGAAGCAGCAACUCCUCCUGAGAUGGGGAGAGAGGAAGAAUCGGAGGAGGCGGCCUGUUCUGCAGCAGGACACGAGAGGAAAGAGAUAGAAAUUGUAAGAAGCAGAAACUACCCAGUCCCUAUCCAUGACCAAGCG